CGGGACUCGCGAGCCCUCCUCCUCCACGCUCUCCCUCCCUCCCUCCCUCCCGCGCAACUGCGCGCGUGUGCCCGCCGGUGAGGGCGCGCGCACGGGAGGUGGCUGGGGGUUGUGCUCGCUUCUGCUCUCUGACCCCAGUGGCAACUCGGAUUCACUACACUCUACACCGUCGGUGGGAGGCUGCUCUCUCUGCGCGACUCCCUCUCCCCUCCCGCUUGUCUGUCAGCGUCUCCCGUCCGCCUCCCCCUCGCUCUCUUGUCUGGUUUCUUUUGCACAGAAGCCAGCCGAGGUCCCACCGGGUCGAAGGUUCUGCCCUACCUGCACCAGACCUCUGCCAGCCCGGACCGCCGCCGUGCUCUACAGCGCCUGCGCUCCUCUGCUGCCGCAUGGACCCUUGUCUCUCCGCUGCGUAGAGGGCGACCCCGACCCGACGCUCUUCCUCCGGCUUGGCACAAAAAAAACCCCCCGCACGAAUACGGUACAGGAACCUUUCCGCUCGCUUUUGAACGCAAAGAAAGAAGGAGGAAGGGCAGAAAGGGGAGCGGAACGACAUGAUUUGCUGUUAGCGUUCCCAAGCCGUCGUUUUGAGGCGGCUUGUCAUUUCCGCGGAGGAACAAGAGCCGGCAGAGUGCUGGGUGGGUGAGUCGGGCGUUUGCUGCUGUCGUCGUCGUCGUCGCUGCUGCUGCUGCGGGUGACUUCCUGGGCUUUUUGUGAGCCGCUCCAAAGGAUGUCCGCUGCACGCAUCGCUGCUGAAUCCCGGUGAACGAACGGCGUCUCAUGUCCACACGUCGGAAGGAUGGCUCAUGGCAAAGUGACCAUCACGGUGGAUGAGUACAGCUCCAACCCGACACAGGCCUUCACGCAUUACAACAUCAAUCAGAGCCGCUUCCAACCGCCACACGUCCACAUGGUGGAUCCAAUUCCCUAUGACACUCCAAAGCCAGCCGGCCACACCAGAUUUGUGUGCGUAUCAGACACACACUCGCGUACAGACGGCAUCCAGAUGCCCUACGGCGAUGUGCUGCUUCACAUGGGGGACUUCACCGAGCUGGGCCUGCCCUCCGAGGUCAAGAAGUUCAACGACUGGCUAGGUGGCCUUCCUUAUGAGUUCAAGGUGGUCAUCGCCGGGAACCACGAGUUGACCUUUGACAAGGACUUUAUGGCCGAGCUGGUCAAGCAGGAUUACUACCGUUUCCCCUCAGUCUCCAAACUCAAACCGGAGGACUUUGACAAUGUCCAGUCGCUCCUUACAAACUGUGUCUACCUGCAGGACUCGGACGUCACCAUAAAGGGAUUCCGGAUAUACGGCACGCCAUGGUCUCCGUGGUUCAACGGCUGGGGUUUCAAUCUGCCGCGGGGUCAGUCUCUGCUGGAUAAAUGGAACCUGGUUCCAGAAGGCAUCGACAUCCUGAUGACCCACGGCCCUCCGCUGGGUUUCCGAGACUGGGUUCCGAAGGAGCUGCAGAGGGUUGGCUGCGUGGAGCUGCUCAACACGGUGCAGAAAAGGGUGCGACCCAAACUCCACGCCUUCGGAGGCAUACACGAAGGCUACGGCAUCAUGACGGACGGUUACACAACGUUCAUCAACGCGUCCACUUGCACCGUCAGCUUCCAGCCUACCAACCCUCCCAUUGUGUUCGACCUGCCCAACCCUUCUAGCUCCUGAGACCUCAGCAAAGUGGGGGGGCAUUUGGCGGGGGGGUAUUUGGAAAUAACAGUUUGUUUGUUUUUUUUUACUACAAAUAUUUCAAUAUAAAAAACAAAAAAAAAAAGGAAAGAAUGUGUCUUUGCAAACUGUUGUUCCUCUCCAAGAUGUUGAGAA